AUGUGGUCGUUUGUGGUGAAGAUUGUGCUGCUCAGUGCAUUCGUGGCGCAGUGCACCGCCGUUGGGCGCCUGCGGGAGGAAUUCAUCUGGGGACACCGUGACGAUCGGACGGAUCGCGUGUGCCAUUCGCAAUCGGUCGUGAUCGAACCGACUUUGGAAGCGUUCUUUAACUUUUUUCGCCCCGUAACGAGACUGGUUUCCUUCAUUCCGCCAACGCCUGAUCAAACAGUCCGAUAUAUUCGGCCCUGGACGGAUGCGCCCUGGCAUCGCUUUCGGGCCGAUCUGGUUCAUGGAGGCGUCGGAACGAAGGCUCCAGCGACAACCGCCAUUCAGCUGAGCCGUCACUGGAUGCUGUUCGUGAACGUUGUUAUUUACUGCUCAAAGCCUGAGACUUAG